AAUUACAUCGCAGUUAAAUCAUCUCAAUCACAGUCUUCCAAUAUGGCACCGGUACCAAAAUCAGAGAAGAAUGGAGAAGCACAGAAGGAGCAAAAGAAGCGUGGUCGACCUAAAGGUGCAAAAAACAAAUCUACUGUUCUAUCAUCUUUGGCACUGGCACCAAAAUCAAACGUUAAUGGAGAAGUAAAGAAGAAGCGUGGUCGGCCUAAAGGAGCAAAAAAUAAGUCUACCGUUCCAUCGUCCAAACUCGUUAAGACUAAGAAUAUUGCAAAGAAGAGGCAACCGAAGACGAAGGUCGUCGGAAAACGAGGUCGACCCAGAACGAAGGCGGACGCAGGGAAUCCCGUGAAAUUCGUUGAUAUUGUUCUUAGGGCCUUCAGAGCUUUAGAUAACCGCAAAGGAUCGUCUCUUCAAGCAAUUAAAAAGUACCUUAAAGAGAAUGAUGGAGUUGAUGCACAGAAGAAGGCGAUCUACAUUAACAAGUCUAUCCGAAAAUUGGCUGAAGAUGGAACAAUCCGUCAUCGUAUAGGAGUUGGAGCCAGAGGAACAUUCAAGCUGAUUGCAACAUAGUUAGGUGGAUGUGUUAUAGAAAUUAUGAUAUUUUUAUGUUUUCAAGGGCACUUUUUAUUAGAAUAAAGUAUUAUCACUUUUGA